AUGGAAUCACUAGAUCGAAAGAGAUCGCCUCCGUUCCUGGAGCUAUCACAGCUUACUGUCCAGGCAUUACAGCAUAGCCAGAGCCAAGCGCAACUAGAUUUUGGCAACGUGUUGACCCUGUGGACAACCCUCAUAAAAUCGAGCGACGUGAUCAAAAAUGGCAAACGACUAGAAAACAUCAGCUGGCGCGUUGUGAAUCGUAACAUUUUGCUCAAGAAUGAUUUCAACAAAAAUGAUUUCUCUGCAUUGAUACAGAUCUCCUCAGGGAAGGUAGAGCACCCUAUCACCAAAGCUAGAAAGCACUCGAAACAAGCUUUUUCCUCGGAAACAUCUAGGACAAAGAGCCCAGCCUCAGUCGAGACUGAGCAGAGUACCAAAGAAAUCACCACUAAUGUCUCCGACAGCGAGCAGAUCUCUGAAGAUGAGCGACAUUCGGACGAGUCGAAAAAGCUAACACAGAAGAACCUACACCAUCAGCAAAGUCUCAUACAUAAAACGCCCGACAAAGCCAAGCAGUCGCGUGGGCAUAUGUUCUUCAUAGAGAAUACACCUUCGCCCGAAGCUGAGGGAGGUUCCUCAAAAUCGCCCCCUUCUCCAAAAGUUAAGAGCUUAUUCAGUCAACCUGUAAAUGACGAAAAACCACCAAUUGAAUCUCCACAGAAACCAGCACCGCGGCAUAUAGAGUGUGAUAGAAGCUUGGAGCGCUUAAAUCAGCAGCAUGCUCUUUAUGGCACCAGUAAGACGAAUACUGCCGUGCACUCACCACAGUCAGAAACCCAAAGGUCACAGGUGUCUCUAUUUGACAAUAAAGCUGGAAAACAGGCUGUCACUAAGCAACAUAUCAUGUUUUCAUCAGAUGAUGAGAUUUCAGAUGGAUCAGACUGGUCUUCGAUGUCUGGUGAUUCCGACUUGGAUGACGACGAUGAAGGAGAAGAAGAACAAUUGAAUUUCAGCAAGACGAACAUUCAAAAGCCAGCUGAAAGGCCACAAAUGAAGAGAUCUCUCUUGAGCGGUCUAUUUCUGGACAAGAUGGGUAAUGAAGUCUCAGAGAAGUCGCGUGAAAACUGCAGGCCUAAGUCUAAAAGCCCAGGUUUAGUGGUCUCACCUUCUUUUGGCCCAGUUGACCGCCCAGAAACAUCAAGAGCUUCAACCUCUGCCUUCAAAGUCAACGCCUUAGCUGACGUGGUUACGUCUCCAACUGAAAAGACAAAGUCCUUGGCUCAGCGAAAAAUGGCAAGCUCGCCGGUGCCUACAGCAGAUCACCAGCGGCCAACAAUGACACGGAACAACUCGAGCAACAACCCUCAUCUUUUUUCCAAGUCUGCAAUAUCACUGGCGUCGUUUUUGGCAAAUAAUAGGAGACCCCAUGCAACCGCAAGCGAAGUACAUAACGGACAUUACGAUCGCCAUCACGAGUCGAACGCGCCUCCAACUGCUGCAACACUUCUUCCUACUGCGCUAUCCACGCAUAUGUUUCUUCCAACAAUGAAUUUACAUCGCCAGUCUAAAGUUAGGGACACAAAACCUUCGACGCAUUCACCUUUGGUGCCCAAACCAACAGCCAAAUCUCAUCCUGAUGAUAUAAUUAGACAGGCAUCAAGGGGAAGGUCAGUUGGGGAAGAUAACGAUAAGAAUUUUGAAGAGGCUGUUAGUGUCUCGUCCAGUGUUAAGUCAAUUGAGAUCCCGGGAUCUCUAACGCGUUCUAGAACACAUUCUCACCGGGACUCCCCCGUCCAUCACCCUAGCAGACCAGGUUUAGAAAAUCGGGGCAGCUCGUAUCUUACAAGAGUUUCGCCUGCCGUCACUACAAGAGAAAUGUUGACCAAAGAGCUUCCAUCCAAUCUUGUGGAAUCCAUCAAUAAUGAAAACAAACUAAUUCAUGCAUCAUCCACGAAUUUGAGCGAACUCUCUAAUCAUGCACGCUUGCACAACUAUAUACACACCAACCAGUCCUCUACUGCUACAUUGAUGAAUGGAAUUGUCACAGCAGAUGAAGAUAGCAGUUCUGAGAGUGAGCCGUCGAACAACAUCAUUGCAAAUGGCAUAAUGGGAAACAAACUAAAGUUGCUGACCACAGAUACCCAAAAUGCGCCGUUUAUUGAUGACGACCAUCUUGCAUACAAUCAAGAUAGAGACGAUGAUUGGGAGGAUAAUUUGAAUUACCACGCCAGAGGUUGGUAG